CAGGAAGAACGCCACUUCCUGUUUCUGUAACGAUGAGGUAUAUGUUGCUUUUAAGAGAUGUAAGCGUGUCAUUUUAGCAACAUAUUUGUCCAAUAUUAACGAGUUUAGUUUCAGAAAAUUCAUACAACAAUCGUAUAAGAUGGCUUAUCUAACAAGCAAUCCUGCUGAUGAAAACAGGUACUUGUGUAUAUAUCCAGCUUACAUUAACAGUAAAAAGACAUUAGCAGAGGGUCGAAGAAUACCAAUCGAGAAGGCUGUGGAAAACCCAUCCUGUGCUGAAAUCAGGGAUGUUCUAACUGCGGCAGGAAUGAAUGUCAGAAUUGAGAACAAGCUGUAUCCAAGGGAAUGGAAUAGAGAUUUACAGUUCAGGGGAAGAGUGCGAGUUCAACUCAAACAAGAGAAUGGAAGCUUGUGUCAGGAGAAAUUUACUUCUAAAAAAGAUGUCAUGUUCUAUGUGGCUGAGAUGAUUCCAAAGUUAAAGACAAGAGCACAGAAAAGUGGAGGAAGUGACACAGGAUCACAACAAGGAGAAGGAGGGAAGAAAGGAAAAAAGAAGAAGAAGUAGCUAUAUGCUCCUGAAAAUACACACUUCAUACAAACUUUAACACUGAGCUUUACAGUUGGUUAUGAUUCUCUUGUAUGUCAUCUCAGUACAGAAAAGUACCCCAGGCUUUAACAAUUGUCAGUUGUUUCAAUUUUGUGGACAUGUCAGUUUUCAUCAUAAAAUCCUAAACAAAAUCCAAGCAGCAACAGAAUUUUAUUUUAAACCUCUACACUUCUGUUGUUUGUAUUGUUUUCAAUUAUAUUACAGUAUUAAAUUUGCUUCCAUUUGAAA